UUUCCGGGUUUUGCGUGCCUCCUCGCCCCUCACUAAGAUGGCUGUGUCUCGCGGAGCCUCGUGCUGGUUCGCUCGAUUUGUCGCUCGCGCUCUACUUGUGCGUUAGAAUCCCCCUCUUUUUUUCUUUUUAAAUACACUUAAACGCGCCGCAAACACACUCGCACGCCCCCAGUUUAGCGGUCUCCGUAUUUUUCGCGUGAUCUCCUUCGCCAAAACUUUCCCCCCUGUCCUUGUUUUUUUCCCUCAAGUUGAAACGGAGUCGCGGUGGAUUUACCGGAUACCGGUCCGGACGGAGGGCAAAACCGGGGGAGGGGGGGGAUGAACCGGGACAACGGGUACGUUGUGUUAAAUGCCGUUAUAUUCAAUGACUAUUCGGGCUUUAGUCGCGAGUGAGUCGCCUUGCUGAGAGAAAAGGGCGCUGUAGAAAGAGUAGGGAGGCGAGAGAGGGGGGAUAUCAUGGCCGCUCAGGUCGCCAGCGUCGCCUCUCUCAACGCGAGCCCGCCGUCCGAACUCAAAAAACCGGAUCGGGACUCGCAAGAGGAGUCGGCGCCGGGGGAGAAGCAACAGCAGCAUGAGAACAAGGAAGCGGGACCUGACGGCGGAUCUCCCGGCCGAAAGGAACUGCAGGACGGCGGCGACGCUGCUGGGGGAGGAGGGGAUCCUGACAUGAAGAACGGCAACGGGAAUUUGCCCAGGGUAAAUAAUAAUAGCAGUAAUCAGAACGAUUCCGGCGGGCCCGAAGGGAAUAACCAUCCCGGCGUGGGACAUCACCACACGGGCCCCUUCCCACCACCUCCUUACGGCUACAACCAGCACUACAGCCGGGGCCCUUUUCAUCAACAUGGCGGACAACAAAGCCCUGGCAUGGCAGCUGCGUCGGGGCCAGGCAUGAUGGACCCUUACCCCGCCAAUUCUCACGAACAUGGCUACCCCAACCACUAUAACAACUACAGCCCCUUCCAGAACAGGACUUCAUAUCAGGGUCAGGGCUACGGGGCCAUGAGUUCCCCGCGGAACAACCAGCCCCCGGCGGCUGGGGGGCAGCCAGGCAAGCAGCAGCCAGCGGCGGCGGGAGCAGGAAUGGCUGCUGCCUCCUAUAACCAGAGGUAUAACGUGGGAAGCCAACAGCCCACGUCGACGCCGACUUUAAACCAGCUGCUCACGUCUCCCAGCUUGGCUAGGAGCUACACAAACUACCCGCAAGGAGACUACAACAACCAGGAAGGGGGCACCAAGGCGGCGGCGGCGGGGGACAUGGCGAGUGGCUACAGCGGGGUCCAUCCGGGUUGGCAACCAAGGGCCCAUCACCCGCCUCCUAUGAGCCCGGGGAACACCGUACAAGCCCCCAGUAGGAACCAGCCUGCAAGCCCAAUGGACCAAGUAGGGAAGAUGCGUGGCCAACCAUUUGGCGGUCCGAACCCUUACUCCCAACAACAACAGCAGCAGCAGCAGCAGCAACAACAGCAGCAGCAGCAGCAAGGGCCUCCCACCGGGGCUGGACCCCAGCAAGCAGGGUCCUAUCCAGGGCAGGGCUAUGGACCUCCCGGCCCUCAAAGAUAUCCAAUGGGAAUGCAGGGUCGAACACCAGGAGCAAUGGGUGGCAUGCAGUACGGGCAGCAGAUGUCGGCAUAUGGACAGCAGGGGCCAGGAGGCUAUGGGCAGCAGGGUCAGGGCUACUAUGGUCAACAUGGUGGCCCUCCUCACCCGGGCCAGCAGCAGACACCUUACCCCGGCCAGCCCCAAGGUAGCGCCGGGGCUCCCUUCCCACAGCAGGGCCACCCUUCGCAGCCGCCAGGUCAACACGGGCAACCUGGACCCCCUUACUCCCAAUCCCAAGGUCCUCACGGUCCUCCAGCAGGGCAGGCGCCUUAUGUAUCCCCCCAACAACAGUCGAGCCAACAGCAGCCACAAGGCCCUGGUCCUCAGAGCCAGCAAGGCUCUCAAGGCCAGUCUGGCUACUCUCAAGCUUCUGCGCCAGGCCAGCCUACACAGCAGCAAACACCACCGCAGCAGCAACAAGGGGCGCAGCCACAGACACAACAACAACAACCACCACAUCAGCAACAACAACCGGGAAGUCAACCUACUCAAUCCCAACAACCUCCGAGUCAUGGCCAACAAAGUCAGGCGUCACCGUAUUCUCAGACACCACCGCUGCCGCAGCAGCAGCAGCAACAACUACAGCAACAGCAGUCGCCAUAUCAGAGGUUCCCACCACCUCCCCAGGAACUCUCCCAAGAUUCCUUUAGCUCCCAGUCCAGCGCACCUCCUUCCAACCAACCCAUGCCUUCUAACAAGAGCAGUCAAGAAGAUAGCAUGCAGGGCAGACCAUCCAGUUUGCCGGAUCUGUCAGGCUCCAUCGACGACCUUCCCACUGGCACGGAGGGCGCCCUGAGCCCAGGAGUCAGCACCUCGGGAGUGUCCAGCAGCCAGGGGGAGCAAAGCAACCCCGCCCAGUCGCCUUUCUCGCCACACACGUCGCCCCACCUGCCGGGCAUUCGCGGGCCCUCGCCGUCACCCGUGGGCUCCCCCGCCAGCGUCACGCCCUCUCGCACCGGCCCUCUGUCCCCCGCCGCCGUGCCAGGAAAUCAGAUGCCUGCCCGGCCGCCCAGUGUCCAGUCAGACAGCAUCAUGCACUCUUCCAUGAACCAGUCGGCCAUGGGCCAAGACAGGGUGUACAUGCGUAACCCACAGAUGCCUCCUUACGGGUCCCCGGGACAACCUGGCUCUGCCUUAUCUCCACGCCAGUCUUCGGGGGGUCAGAUGCACAGUGGAAUGGGACCCUACCCCCAGAACAACUCUAUGGGAAACUACGGCCCUCAAGGGGGGCAGUAUGGCCCUCAAGGUUAUCCCAGGCCGCCCGGCUACUCAGGGAUGCCCAAUGCCAAUUACCCCAGCGGUCCUGGCAUGGGUGGCUCCAUGAACCCCAGCGGACCACCCUACGGAAAUAUGCCGCCCGGUGGCAGGGUGGGCCCCGGGCAGAUGGGCGCAAGGCCCUACGGUCCUGGAAUGGGCUCCAACAUGGGCAACAUGCCUCCUCAGGUGGUAUCUGGGAUGUGCCCACCUCCAGGAAUGAACAGGAAAGACGGCGGGCCCUCCAUGCACCACGGACCAUCCAACUCCAUACACAACAGACCACCUGGCUACCCCAUGUCUCAAAGCAUGAUGGGUUCAGCUUCUCCGUAUGGCCCGGGCAUGAACAGCAUGCAUGGUAUGAUGAACCAGGGAGGUCCAGGUCCUUAUCCCAUGGGGCCAAACAUGGGCAACAACACCCCCGGAAUGCCUCCAAGUUCCGAGUUUGGCAUGGACAAGAUGAACCAGGCCCAGAAAAUGAACAACAAAGUAGACGGGACUCCAAAAACCGAAUCCAAAAAGAAAUCAAGUUCUUCUACCAUCACCAACGAGAAGAUCACUCGUCUCUACGAGCUUGGCCCGGAGCCCGAAAGGAAGAUGUGGGUGGAUCGCUACCUGGCCUUCGCUGAGGAGAAAGCCAUGGGCAUGAACAACCUCCCCGCUGUUGGACGCAAGCCUCUCGACUUGUUCCGACUCUACGUAUCCGUCAAGGAGAUCGGAGGCCUCACCCAGGUUAACAAGAACAAGAAAUGGCGAGAGCUUGCCACCAAUCUCAACGUGGGCACGUCGAGCAGCGCAGCCAGCUCCCUCAAGAAGCAAUACAUCCAGUGUUUGUACGCCUUCGAGUGCAAGAUCGAGCGUGGCGAGGAGCCGCCCCCGGACUUUUUCAAUACGGACACCAAAAAGAACCAGCCUAAGAUCCAGCCACCCAGCCCUGCUGGGUCUGGAUCGCUCCAAGGACCGCAGACUCCUCAGUCUACCAGUAGUUCAAUGGCAGAAGGGGGAGAACUGAAGCCUCCCACCCCAGCCUCCACCCCUCACACGCAAAUGCCUCCCAUGCCUGGCGCCAGGAGUAGCGUCAAUCUUCAGGACCCCUUUGCUGACGGUGGCGACCCAGCAUUUUCCAGAAGGAACACCAUGACCCCCAACUCUCAGAACUACCAACCUGGAAUGGGCGGCCCCGAGAUGAUGGGUCGCAUGGGCCCCUAUGAAUCCAACAAGGACCCAUUUGGCGGCAUGAGGAAAGCUGGAGAACAGUUCAUGUCACCUGGUCCUAAUAGUGGGAUGGGAGAACAGUAUAACAGAGGCCCACCAGGACCAAUGGGAAGUCUGCCAAUGGGCCAGAGGCAACAAUAUCCCUAUGGAUAUGACCGCAGGCAAGAAGCAAGCAUGGGCCCCGAUGGCAGUAUGGGACCUGGGGCCGCUCAGCCCAACAUGAUGCCUUCCGGAGCCGACGCUGGGAUGUAUUCGCCCAGCCGACCGCCACCCCAGCAACGACACGACUCCUAUGCCAAUCAGUAUCCUGGUCAAGGAGCGCCACCUGGUGGUCCUUAUCCAAACCAACAACCAGGGAUGUAUCCACAGCAGCAACCGAACUACAAGCGUCCCGUGGACGGCGUAUACGGUCCCCCCGCCAAGCGCCACGAGGGGGAAAUGUACAACGUCCCUUAUAGCGGUCAGCAACCCCCGGGACCUCAAUCUUCUGGACCCCAGGGCCAGCAGGACAUGUAUAAUCAGUACAACGCCUACCCCGGGGGGGAGCGGAGACCUCCGGGUCCGCAGAACCAGUUCCCCUUCCCCUUUGGCCGGGACCGCGGCCCGUCAUCCGGCGGGCCCAAUUCCCAGUCGCCAAUGCCUCCUCAGAUGAUGGCGAACCCCAUGCCCUCGGGUCCCGACGGACCCCAGGGGCCCAUGUGGCAGGGCCGCAACGAGAUGGGCUACCCCAACUAUCACAACCGCCAGGGGCCCCCCGUACCCGGCCAGGCCCCCGGAUACCACGGCAUGAACCGCUCCGAGGAGAUGAUGUCGUCGGAUCAGCGCAUGAACCACGACGGCCCGUGGCCCGGCCACGUCAACCAGCGGCAACCGCCCUUCGGCCCUGGCGCUUCCGGUCCCCCCAUGACCAGGCCCCUGCCGUCGACUUAUCAGACUUCCCAGAACCAUAUUCCUCAGGGGUCCAGUCCGGCGCCCGUUCCCCGGCCCAUAGAGAGCAGGACAUCGCCCAGCAAGUCCCCUUACAUGCAUCCCGGCAUCAAGGUGCAGAAAGCCGGACCCCCGGUGCCCGCCUCUCACAUUGGACAGACGCCUGUGCAGCAACCGAUGAUGCGGCGAGAUCCAGGCUUUCCUCCUGGCUCUGUGGAAUGCUCCCAACCGCACCUCAAACCACGAAGACGGCUAACCAUGAAAGACAUCGGCACACCUGAAGCGUGGCGUGUGAUGAUGUCACUAAAGUCUGGAUUACUAGCGGAGAGUACCUGGGCCUUGGACACCAUCAACAUCUUACUCUAUGAUGACAAUAGCAUCACCACUUUUAACUUGUGCCAGCUGCCAGGAUUCCUGGAGUUGGUGGUGGAGUACUUCAGAAGGUGCCUGAUCGAGAUCUUCGGCAUCCUGAAAGAGUACGAAGUGGGCGACCCCGGCCAGCGAACCCUCCUCGACCCCAACGCCGCCGAAGACUCCGACGACGACACGCCGAUGCCCGAGGGAGAGGUCGUCGACACGGAUGACGAGGACGACGAAGACGAGGAGGUGGAGGACGCCAAGGUGCGAGUAAAGGAGGAAGAAGAAGAGGAGGAGAGAUCCCAGAGAGACGAGGACGAAGGCGAGGGAAAGCCGAGGGUCAAGGAACCUGCUACCUCAGGGUCUUCCCAGGACCCCAACGCGGAGAAGCCCAGGCAGGCGAGCAAGUUUGACAAGCUCCCCAUCAAGGUGGUGCGCAAGAAGAACCCCUUCCAGGCCAGCCGCGCGUCCCAGCCGGGCCAGCGGCAGAGUUUCGACAGCGGUCUGCUCCACUGGAGCGUGGGCGGCGGUGACAUCACCGAGCACAUCCAGACCCAUUUCGAGAGCCGCGUCAGCCGCCUCAAAGCCCGCAAGCGUUCGCCCAAGGAGACCCGACCGGGACGGGAGCUCCCGGGUUCCGAGGUCCCGGAGGUGCCUCCGGCCGGCGGCGCACCAGUCACCGCCACCAUCGACGACGUCCUGUCGGCGCGGCCCGGCUCGGUCACGGAGGAGGCGGUCCGGGGCGGCGCCGAGGAGCGGAAGGAGAACGGCAAGUACCUGUUCAGCAUCAACCCCGAGCAGCAGAGCCGCCGCAAGGUGAAGAUCUUAGAGGACGAGCCGCACAGCAAAGACGAGACGCCGCUGGGCACGCUGGCCGACUGGCAGGAUUCGCUGGCGCGGCGCUGCGUCUGCGUGUCCAACAUCGUGCGCAGCCUCUCGUUCGUACCCGGCAACGACCAGGAAAUGUCCAAGCACCCGGGUCUGCUCCUUCUCCUGGGCCGCCUUGUCCUGCUGCACCACCGGCACCCCGAACGCAAACAGGCGCCCGUCACCUACGAGAAGGAGGACGAAGAGGACGAGGGCGUGAGCUGCGAGCGCGACGAGUGGUGGUGGGAUUGUCUGGAGGUUCUGCGGGAGAAUUGCCUGGUGACUUUGGCCAACAUCUCGGGCCAGCUGGACCUGUCGAUGUACUCUGAGAGCAUUUGCCUGCCGCUUCUGGACGGCCUGCUCCACUGGGCCGUGUGCCCCUCGGCCGAGGCCCUGGACCCCUUUCCCGCCCUGGGCCCGCACGGCUCGCUGUCGCCGCAGAGACUGGUCCUGGAGACCCUGAGCAAGCUAAGCAUCCAGGACAACAACGUGGACCUGAUCCUGGCCACGCCGCCCUUCAGCCGCCUGGAGAAGCUCUACGGCGCCCUGGUGCGGCUGGUGGGCGAGCGCAAGGUGGCCGUGUGCCGCGAGAUGGCGGUGGUGCUGCUGGCCAACCUGGCGCACGGCGACAGCCUGGCGGCGCGCGCCAUCGCCGUGCAGAAGGGUAGCGUGGGAAACCUGCUGGGCUUCCUGGAGGACAGCCUGGCCGCCACGCAGUACCAGCAGAGUCAGAGCACGCUGCUGCAGAUGCAGGCGCACUUCGAGCCUACCAGCGUGGACAUGAUGCGCAGGGCGGCUCGGGCCCUGCACGCCCUCGCGCGUCUGGAGGACAACCACUCGGAGUUCACGCUGUACGAGUCGCGGCUGCUGGACGUGUCCGUGUCGCCGCUCAUGAACUCGGCCGUGUCGCAGGUCAUCUGCGACGUGCUCUUUCUCGUCGGCCAGUCGUGACAGCCGUGGAGGCCCUCCCUCCGUUCGACCCCCUUGCCCCGCCCGACUUUUUUGUGAGCGGAACAUUUGGCUGUCCUUUUUUUGUUGUUGUUUUUUUUUUUUAAUUUAUGCAAAAUCACCUCUGAUUCCACUGUCUUUCUCCCUCAAACGCGAAAAGGAAGGAAUACCAUGAAGUAGAAAGAUAACCCUAAGAGGCGAAAGGACGGGGACCCCUUUACCCCCCAACCCCCGCGCUUAUAGCCCUGAUAGGACUUGUUUUUUAAUGAAAAUGAAAAAAUAUCCAGAAAAAAAAUAACUGUAACCAAAGUUGCUGUCUCGUUUACAGUCAGUUUUGGGGAUGCUUGCUUUCUCCCCCCGAGGACUCGGGAUUGCUGUAAUGCUCUGCCCCCCGCGCCCCCCCCCCCCCCCCCCCCCCCCCCCCUACACACACACAGGAACCACAUUCGGGGGGCGGACACGUGUGCUCUCCUGUGCAGUAGAUUGUAGGACUGUUUUUUUUUUUUUCCCUGUACUGUACACCUUCAAAGAAAGUGUUGACAUACUGUAAUAAUACUGUUUCACACUGAGAUACGCCAACUCGGCAGCAAACUGUAGUUUUUAUGUCGAAAGCGACGACGACGACGGCUACCACCCGCCCUUCCCCUCAAAGUACGGUGAACCUACAACACCCCGACCUCUUCUUCUUCUCUUUUGUCCCUCGAUUGUAUGACUUGUACUCGGACUGGUCCUCGGCGCGAGAACCAACAGACCCGCCCGGCUGCGCUGUAUAUAUCCACCAUGUUGUACAUUAAUGACACGCCCUUCUCUAUCCCUCUUUCUUUUCGUUCUCAAUUCUGUCGCUUCACCGUUUUUAAAAAUUACCACUUAACACACACACAAGACACACAAGACUGUCUGGUGCGGCUGUAGAGAAUAUAACAAAAAAAAAAAUCAUGUCUGAGUAACAACUAGACCUUGAUGAAGAAAAACGUUUUAUUUUUUUUCAGUGAUGCGGAUUCUGCAUAUUUGUAUUUCAGAUGAUGUAGCUAAAAACAUGAUGUAAAUUCCCCCACCUGACCCUCUUUUUUUUUUCUUCCCACUCCUCCCACCUUUUUUUUUUUUUGCCUCAAUGAAUAUCAUUUAUUCAGUAUCAAAUCUUUAUACUAUAUGUUCCACGUGUUAAGAAUAAAUGUACAUUAAAUCUUUCUAAGA